AUGAAUCAAGAUGCUGCUCAAGAAAACAGUAACACCAAUUCGAUUCCCAAGAAAUCGAUUCCACCCUACAUGAAGGCGAUUUCUGGCUCGCUCGGUGGGAUUAUGGAGGCUGCUUGUCUCCAACCCAUUGAUGUGAUCAAGACCAGACUGCAGCUUGAUAGGUCAGGAAAUUACAAGGGAAUUCUUCAUUGUGGUAAUACGAUUGCCCGAUCUGAGGGGGUACGGGCUUUGUGGAAGGGUUUAACACCUUUUGCCACACAUUUGACAUUGAAGUAUACACUUCGAAUGGGUUCAAAUGCGUUACUUCAGUCCGCGUUUAAGGAUUCUGAGACCGGAAAGAUCAGUAAUCAUGGGCGGCUUCUUUCUGGGUUUGGUGCUGGGGUGCUUGAGGCUGUUGUGAUCGUUACGCCAUUUGAGGUGGUGAAGAUAAGAUUGCAACAGCAGAAAGGGCUAAGCCACGAGCUUUUAAAAUAUAGAGGUCCUGUGCAUUGUGCAGGAAUGAUCAUAAAGGAAGAAGGUUUUCGUGGUCUUUGGGCUGGUGUUACUCCUACCAUAAUGCGUAACGGGACAAAUCAAUCUGUCAUGUUUACUGCAAAAAAUGCAUUUGAUGUGCUUUUAUGGAAGAAAAAUGAAGGCGAUGGUAAAGUUCUUCUACCCUGGCAGUCAAUGAUUUCAGGAUUCCUUGCAGGUACGGCAGGUCCUAUUUGCACCGGUCCUUUUGAUGUAGUGAAAACAAGGUUGAUGGCUCAGGUUAAAGAGGGAGGUGAAGUAAGGUAUACGGGUAUGAUCCAUGCCAUCAGAACAAUACAUGCAGAAGAAGGACUUGUUGCCUUAUGGAAAGGUUUGUUACCUCGGCUCAUGAGGAUCCCACCUGGACAAGCCAUUAUGUGGGCUGUGGCUGAUCAAGUAAUUGGUCUGUAUGAGAGGAGAUAUCUUCAAACUUAA